CGGCUGGCAGCGCGUCCCGCGCCCGAGCCGCAGUCGCGCCCUCUGCCUGCCCAGCGAAAGCGCGGACGGCGCGCGGAGGCGAGCGCGGUGGAGAGGAGCCGCCGGCACCGCACCGCCGUCAGGGCAUGAGGAUGGCCGUGGGUUCCGUCAAGAUGCAGCCGCCCUGUGAGAGCCCAGCCCUGGCCGCGGCGGCGGCGGCGGCGGCGGCAGACGGCGCCUUGCGCCGCAGCCCCAGCGCCCGCGAGCCAGAGCGCGAGCAGCCGCCGGCGUCGCUGCGGCCGCGGCUGAGGGACCUGCCGGCCCUGCUGCGGAGCGGACUCACGCUGCGGAGGAAGCGGAGCGCCGCCGGGGGCCGGACUCUGUCGAGAAGAAUUUCCAAUCCAUAUCUUGAACACACUUCUUCCCAGAUUUAUGGAGAGAAUUCUUCUUGUGCAGGAAGAGCAUUGAGGAAUAUUAUCAUCGUUCAGGCAGCUGACCUGAUAAAGGACAGAGUGAACCUCAAGGGGUUUUACAGGAGAAGCUGUGUUGGGUCAGAACUGGUAGACUGGCUUCUGGAACACUGUCCUUUUGUCCAAUGCAGAUCCAUGGCCAUAGGGGUCUGGCAGCUCCUACUGGACAUGGGAAUUAUGACGUCAGUGGACCAGCACCUGUACUUCCAAGAUACUUACGUCUUCUACCAGUUCUCCUCGGAUGAAUGCAGCUACUUGUACUGUGAAUUUGAAAGAGAAGAAGAAUGGCAAAAUGGUGUAAAACUUUUACUGCAACUUGUGCCUCUUAUUCCCGCUAGAGCUGACAUCUGUGAACUGUCUCAUCAGAAAAUUGAAGACUCCGAAGAAAGCAGUGAUGAAAUUCUCGCUCGUCUUACGUCUGCGGUGCAGAGAGAGCUCGCAGCUGUCAUUGCUUUGAAAGCAAGGAAGUCUGUUGAACAAGAUGAAGAAAACAGUGACAAAAACACAACUGUAACAGAAGCCGAAGGCGUUCCAGGUCCUCAGGCAGGGGUGAUGUGCAAACUUCAAGAGAGAGAUGACAUCGGACGGAUUGAACUGGUCCAGAAGCUGGCAAGAGAAAACUAUCAGUUUUUACAGACGGACAAAAAAGAACAGGAGAAGUCUGAACACCAGGAUGAUGAAGUGACGACUGUUCAAGUGAAAGAGCAAGACCGGAGCGUCCUGGUGCUGAAGAAAGUGCAGUGCUGUGGCCCAGCCCCCACAGCUGGGAGCCCCGAGAGCCUUUGCAGAUACGUGGUGGUGUCCGGAACCCCGGAGAAGAUUUUGGAGCAUCUCCUGAAUGACUUGCACCUGGAAGAAGUCCAGGACAAAGAAACAGAGACCCUCCUCGAUGACUUCCUUCUCACGUACACUGUUUUCAUGACCACUGAUGACUUGUGUCAAGCGCUGUUAAGGCACUAUUCUGCUAAGAAGUAUCAAGGCAAAGAGGAAAACUCAGAUGUUCCUUGUCGGAAGCGUAAAGUCUUGCAUCUUGUUUCCCAGUGGAUUGCUCUGUACAAAGACUGGUUACAUGAAGACGAACAUUCAAAAAUGUUCCUAAAGACCAUAUAUAGGAAUGUACUGGAUGAUGUCUAUGAAUAUCCAAUACUUGAAAAAGAAUUGAAAGAAUUUCAGAAGAUACUUGGAAUGCACCGUCGUCACACUGUAGAUGAGUACUCACCACAAAGAAAGAAUAAAGCCCUUUUCCACCAAUUCAGUCUUAAGGAGAACUGGCUCCAGCACAGAGGAGCUGUGAGUGAAACAGAGGAAACAUUUUGCCAUGUGUAUAUAACAGAGCACUCCUAUGUCAGUGUGAAGGCAAAAGUUUCCAGCACAGCUCAGGAGAUCCUGAAAGUCGUAGCAGAAAAGAUCCAGCAUGCAGAAGAGGAUCUGGCUCUGGUGGCCAUCAUGUUCUCUGGAGAAAAACAUGAACUUCAGCCAAAUGACUUGGCCAUCUCCAAAUCCUUUGAGGCAUCUGGUCGGAUAUAUGUCUACCGGAAAGACCUGGCUGACACUUUGAACCCAUUUGUAGAAAAUGAGGAAUCCCAGCAAAGGUCGAUGAGAAUUUUGGGAAUGAACACUUGGGAUCUUGCUCUGGAAUUAAUGAAUUUUGAUUGGAUUCUAUUCAAUUCUAUUCAUGAGCAAGAGCUGAUCUACUUCACGUUCAGCAGACAGGGAAGUGGAGAGCACACUGCAAACCUCAGCCUUCUGCUCCAGAGAUGCAACGAGGUCCAGCUCUGGGUGGCCACAGAGAUUCUGCUCUGCAGCCAGCUGGGCAAGCGGGUGCAGCUGGUGAAAAAAUUCAUCAAAAUUGCAGCUCACUGCAAAGCCCAGAGAAACCUCAAUUCUUUCUUUGCUAUUGUGAUGGGUCUCAACACUGCCUCUGUCAGCCGACUCUCACAGACCUGGGAGAAAAUCCCUGGGAAGUUUAAGAAACUUUUCUCUGAACUUGAAAGUUUAACAGAUCCUUCCCUAAAUCACAAGGCCUACAGAGAUGCAUUCAAAAAGAUGAAACCGCCAAAAAUCCCCUUUAUGCCCUUAUUGCUUAAAGAUGUUACAUUUAUUCAUGAAGGAAAUAAAACUUUUUUGGAUAAUCUUGUCAAUUUUGAAAAGCUGCACAUGAUCGCAGACACUGUCCGAACCCUGAGACACUGCAGGACUAACCAGUUUGGGGGUGACCUGUCUCCAAAAGAGCAUCAGGAACUGAAGUCCUACGUGAAUCAUCUGUACAUCAUUGAGAGCCAGCAGGCCCUGUUCGAGCUCUCACACAGGAUCGAGCCCCGCGCGUGAGCCGCCUCACCACCGCAACGCUGCAGCACUUUGAGCUACAGGAAUGUGUAUGCCAAGCACGUCACUUUCCUGUGAGAAGAGAAGCUGCUGAGUUUUAUCAGCGUACCCCAAGACAGUCACAGGAAAGCCAGCCAAAGCGUGUUCAGGAAGCAACGUCAGCCCCCAAAGUGACAGAGAGGCCUCUCCACGCUACUCCCAGAACAAGAAGGCAGAAAGAGCAUCGGAAGUAUUCUUGAGAUGAAGUCUGGUCUCAUGAUUUCACAUUAUUGAUCCAAACCAUUCUCAAUUUGACAUGUGACAGCAUCAAGACAACAAAACAUGUCUUAACACAUUAACGACCUAAUAUUUCAGUAAGAGUGUGCAUGCAACAAGAAAGGAGAUUUACUUUGCCUGGUGUCAGAUUUCUCUUACGGGCUCCCAAAGUAGUUCUUUUGAACACCUAAAGAUAGUGACGGCAUCUCCAGAUGUCCAGGGAGAAGGGGAGGUCUCUGUCAGUAUGAACUGUGACAUCACUGACAGCCACUUGUGUCCUGCGAGUGAAUUAGGCCCACAGCUAACACCUGUGCUCCGACUUGCGGAUGAGAAACAUCUCUGCUAACGCUGCUGUGUGCCACACUUACCAACGUGUGCUCGCAGGUGAAAUGAGUUCCUGUGCAGACAAUUCGCAGCUAUAGGCCAGGUAGACUAAAUUGCUUUGCUGUAAGGAAAAAUAGUAUUAAUCUUUAAGAAAUUGACUCAUGGUUUAAUUUCUGGGGAUUCACUUUACAUUUGUAAGCAGGCUUUUACCUUUUAUUGGGCAUGACGUGAUUUUUUAAAAAGCAUAGUGCCUGACACCUUGUAGGCGCUCAGUAACUGCUGACUGAGGUGACUGAGUGUCAGAGCCCUGCAUUCUUGUGCCUGACAUCCCACGCAGGCUCCUCGCCCACGGUGUGGAAGGCCGGCAGCCAUGCAGGGACGCUGAGUGAGGUUUACUGUAUGAAGCCCUUCGCACUCCCUACAAAAGCAAGGUAAUGAGGUGGUGGUGAUUACCAGUCUUUCAGCAAAUGGAAAGUGCCCAGAAAUACCCAGAUGUCUCAUUUAUGCUGGAGCCUUAGAAGUCCUGCAGUCCACCUACCAGUCAAAGCAGGGAGCCUUUCUGUAAUUUGCCUUUUUUUAAAUUUCAAAAUCUCAGAGCUUCUGAGUCCUUUCUUAUUAUCCCCAUUUUUACCAGUUGGAUCUCUCAUAGCAAAUAAGACUUCUUGCUGUUCUCAAGGCCUGAUUAGAGGAGAAUUUUCAACCUCCAAACAAACUAAAAGCCUGUGGGUUAAAAAAAAUGAAAUCCACCCUUGCCCACUAGAUACAUGCGUCCUGCCACUUUGCCAGCACCGAGGGCCUGCCUCCUGCCGUCAGCACAGUCGCCAGAUCUUGGCUGUCAUCUCGGAAGGGCCCCAUCCGACCUGUUCCCUUUUUGUCCUUUUGUUUCAGCAGCACCUCGUUCAUCCUCAUUGCCCAGUCGUGCCCAGUAUUUUCUGACAUAUUUAUGGCAGUGCCAUUUCCUGGGCUCAGGAACCACACAGAGCUUUAGAUAUUGUUGGGAGGGAGUUUCUGGGAGGACUUUCGCAGAGACCCAGUCUUGCCCAGCACAUAAAACUUCAGUCCUGAACAUUUAUGGGGUUUUGUAGGAAGGCCCCAUGUAGGGCUGGUCUGCUCAGAGAAUUGCUUCGUGCUGCUGGUAAUGGAAUGAGACACACACACCACCCCUCACCCCUCACCCAGCCCCAGAGGAGACCAGGGCCAUCAGAACCAGAGAGUGUAGACGUCCCUCACGCCAGUCACACACGCCCUGCCCUCAGCAAUCCCUGAGGACGGCAUGGGCUUUCAGCACAUCUUUUUCCUAGUCUAGGGACUAGAGUUUGGCUAGUCUACCUAUGUAAGGUCAUUUUGACAUCAGUUCUUUGUUUUCUAAGUUAAUUUUUAUUUACAUUAGCUCUACAUUGUUCCAAGGAGAGCAUUACUAUUAGGAGACUUAUUUGUGAAGAACUAAUUCAAGACAGUGCAUGCUGCUUAGACCCCAAGUCAGACAUGUACAAUUGGCCAAAUGAAGCUACACAAACAUUGUAUUAAAUGCAUUUGUGUGGUGUAUUCAGAGCAUCUUGCGUGGCAUGGAGGGAAACAGGCAGGGGAGAAAGUGGUGCUUGCCACCAUGUCCUCCUGCAUGGUCAUAUUGCCCUCAUGGUAGCAAAGAGAAGACGUGAUUUGGUUUAGAUUUGCUUUUCCAUCCUUGUCUUCUGAAUGUCUGAAACUUCUGAGUCUUUCUGAAAUUGAAUAACCAUCUCCAGAGAUUUCCCAGGCAGUAACUCUCAAAUUUCAGAAGCUUUCAAGAGCCUUAAAUCUGGAAUUAGGGAAUUGAAGGCAAAAUUGUGAGAACGAGAUUUUGCUCCACAAGAACUCUUUCUAAGGAAUCUGAGCUGUCUGACUAUGACCAGGCCACAGCAGGACUUACAUGCUUCCCGUCACUGGGAUGGGCCCUGUUUCCUCUGCAUGUUCUCCAAGGCCACUGAGAAUGGUUUUGUCCUGGCUAGAAGGGUGGACAGGACGAUGUCUCAGCUCUUCUCCAGAUCUCUUUUGUAUUUUUAUGGUUGCAUAAAAUCUCCAUUCACUCUGAAAAUCUUGUAUAAUCUGCUUGUGUAAAAACCUUGUGUAAUCUACAGCAGAUGAUGCAGGGUCACUUCUAAGUGGUUCCUCUUUGUUACAGCACAACUCUCAGUCCUGUAGGUCUUUGGAUUCAUCAGCUUUCCAGCAAACCAGCCCUGCGUUGGUGUUAGCACAGGACAGCAGAAUGCCGGUUCUGUAGGUAAAACCACAACCUUUCCACCUUUUUUUAAACUUUGAAAUACACAUUUGCAGAUGUUCCACAGACUAUGGUAUUUUAAAUUCACUCUUUGUUAUAACCUGUACAAUUGCCAAAUGGUUACAGUGAUAAAUAGCAUGACUUACAUUCAUUUUUCUUUUAGUAAAAUUAAUUAUGUUUAGAAUAAAUUCAUUUUCCUAAACCAAUACCCACAGGCAGAGAGUGCAGAGUGUACAGCAAGUUUAGAAGCAUGAGGAAGAAGUAAAUGCCCACACCUUCAGGCUGCCGGUUAAGGUGUUGCAUGAACGAGAGGUGCCCAUCAUGACUUCAUGUCCCCAAAGGUGGGCUUUCCCUUCUGCCCACACAGCAGCCCUGCAGUGCAGUUCCACCCAGCAAGAACAUGGCAGACUCAGGACACAGUGUCUCUAAAGUGCACAUCCAAUCUAAGCUACUCAGAAACUGGGGGAAACAAAACAACAAAAAAAAAGAAAAGAAAAGAAAAAACAUUAAAAUAGGGGAGAUCAGGUCCAUUGCAUUUGUCCAACACAGGAUUUCUUUUAAAUGUUUCAGAGAUAUGUCCUUAAAAUUUCAGCCUGCUUCUUAGCAAGCGGGCCAGUUUUGCUUAAAACUGGUAGGUGAAAAAAAGUUUUUAAAAAUUGCCAAAAAGAUGAAUAUGUACUACUGUAUAAAGCAAAGCUGUAUAUACUAAACUUUUUUUAGCAGAGUACUAUUUAUUUGCAUAGUCUAUUUAUUGUAUUUGUAUUACACUGUUAUUAAAUACUGGGAUGAAAUCAUUGACCUGGAAGCAAGGAAUCUUGCCUUUUAAUAUAUCAUUAAUUAGGACUGCUGUGAUGUUGUCAGCUUGCGUUAACAAUUAGAAGAUAGAAAACCCGCAAUCAGGGUAUCUACCUAAUUUCUCAGGGACUACACUUUGUAGUUUUCCACCAUUAUAAGAGCUGGUAAAUAUGAAACAUUUGUUGAAUUACCAGAAUUGCCAUCAACAGUGUUUCCUUUCCCAUAUUUCUUGCUUUCUGUCUGUAUAUAUUACUGUGCUAUUAUCAAAGCUAGUAAGCAAUAAUUUAUAUGUAAAAAUGGCCAAGCAAUAUAAGGAUAAAACUUAUAUAAGUAACCAUUACCUGACCUUGUAUUUUCAAAGUGUUUUUUUUUUUUAACUGCUUUUCCAAAUAUAAACUCUCUUAAAGAUACU